UCGAGCAACUUGGCCUCUCGUGCUGCACGCCGGCCCGAGCCGUUUAGGUUAUUCGUUCGCCGACUCUCGACCGACACACACCUACCCACUCAGAGAAUUCAUUUUUGUUGACAUACUAAUUACAAACAUCCAACAUGGGAAAGGAAAAGAUCCAUAUUAACAUCGUCGUCAUUGGACACGUAGAUUCAGGAAAGUCGACCACCACUGGUCACUUGAUCUACAAAUGCGGUGGUAUCGACAAGCGUACCAUUGAGAAGUUCGAGAAGGAAGCCCAGGAGAUGGGCAAAGGUUCCUUCAAGUAUGCGUGGGUUCUCGACAAACUGAAGGCUGAGCGUGAACGUGGUAUCACCAUUGAUAUCGCUCUCUGGAAGUUCGAAACCUCCAAAUACUAUGUCACCAUCAUCGACGCCCCUGGCCACAGAGAUUUCAUCAAGAACAUGAUCACUGGUACAUCGCAGGCCGAUUGUGCCGUACUCAUUGUUGCCGCCGGUACUGGUGAAUUCGAAGCCGGUAUCUCCAAGAACGGUCAGACCCGUGAGCACGCCCUGCUCGCUUUCACCCUUGGUGUCAAGCAACUGAUUGUUGGUGUCAACAAGAUGGACUCCACUGAGCCACCAUACUCUGAGGCUCGUUUCGAGGAAAUCAAGAAGGAAGUCUCUUCCUACAUCAAGAAGAUCGGUUACAACCCAGCCGCCGUUGCCUUCGUCCCAAUCUCUGGAUGGCACGGAGACAACAUGUUGGAGGUCUCCACCAAAAUGCCAUGGUUCAAGGGAUGGAACGUUGAGCGCAAAGAAGGCAAAGCUGACGGCAAAUGCCUCAUCGAAGCCCUCGAUGCCAUCCUCCCACCAUCCAGGCCAACCGACAAAGCCCUCCGUCUCCCACUCCAGGAUGUCUACAAAAUUGGCGGUAUUGGAACGGUACCAGUCGGUCGUGUCGAAACUGGUGUGUUGAAACCAGGUAUGGUUGUCACCUUCGCCCCAGCUGGUUUGACCACUGAAGUUAAGUCCGUGGAGAUGCACCACGAAGCCCUCACUGAAGCCGUCCCCGGUGACAAUGUUGGUUUCAACGUCAAGAACGUCUCCGUCAAGGACUUGCGUCGUGGAUACGUCGCUGGUGACUCAAAGGCCAACCCACCCAAGGGAGCCGCUGACUUCACUGCUCAGGUUAUUGUUCUUAACCACCCCGGUCAAAUCAGCAACGGUUACACACCAGUGCUCGAUUGCCACACGGCUCACAUUGCCUGCAAAUUCGCCGAAAUCAAGGAGAAGUGCGACCGUCGUACUGGCAAGACCACCGAGGAGAACCCCAAGGCCAUCAAGUCUGGUGAUGCCGCCAUUGUCAACCUCGUCCCAACCAAGCCAAUGUGCGUCGAAUCCUUCCAGGAGUUCCCACCUCUUGGUCGUUUUGCCGUACGUGACAUGCGUCAAACCGUCGCUGUCGGUGUCAUCAAGUCCGUCAACUUCAAGGACGUUACCGGCAAGGUCACCAAGGCUGCCGAGAAGGCCGCCAAAAAGAAGUAGUCUCUCACCAUCCAUAAUCAUGGACCCUUUAAAAAGGGCCAAAACGGCUGCAUCAGUGAUGGACUCCGCCACUACUGCUCCCGAUGCAUUUACGAUCUUGUUACAUCGUGCUCAAGUAGCAUCUGCACAGCAGAUGUACUUGCUGCCUAUAUCACCAAUUGUUGCUGACCUUAACUAUCAUCUCCCGAGGCGGCUCCGACGACACUUUUUUCAUCGAAAGGAAUUUCGCAGGAAAGAAUUGAGUGUCGUUAGUUUUGGCUAGCGCGUGUGAUAACACAACGGGAGCGACGUUAAACUCAACACCAAGUAGCGGCGGUGUUCAGACCCUUCAAUGUACACUGAUUGUGCGCCUAAUUAUGUAUACAUCAUUUACUGUGCUACUCAACACUCUUAUUUGUGUACUUUUGUUCCACAAAUUAAUUUAGCAUGGAAGACUACUACUUAUUAGCUCAGCCUAAUUAUAUUUUCUAAUUAUUAUAUGAAAAUAAUAAAAAACAUUUUAUCUGCGAUACACGAUAAA